UCGUACGCGUAACUGUCGCAGUGCUAUUGUAUAAUUUAUUUGAUUAUUAAAAUUGUGUAAUUGUAUUGUUAUUAUUUACGCCGAGUGAGUUGAAGCCCGCAGAGUCUUGAGCCGCGUCGAACGUAUUACGCGCUCGAUAUUAAUAAUCUUGAAAUAUAUACGAAUAAGAUUGAUAUUGGUAAUUUAAUACGAUUAAUAUCAGGUUGGCGAAAUAGUUUUGCAAUAAAAAAAGCGUCGCGGAGAUGACGGACGCCGCGCUUUAUUGUAUAUACGUAUGUGCGGUCGCGAGGAUUUUGCUGUGUUCCGCGGCCGGUUUGCAGGACGGACAGCAUUUCCUCAGCACGCUCAUGGAGAGGUUCAAAGAAGAUUCGAAACUGCCUUCUCAUUUCACUCCGGAUAUGUAUCCAGAAUUGAGAUCGCAGUUAUACCAAGGAGACAUAAUACUGCCAAUUUCAAGGAAUGCUAUUAUGUCAGAUUACUAUAAAUGGCCCAAGGCGAUAAUUCCUUAUACAAUCCAUUAUAAUUUUACACAAGACGAACGGUCCAAGAUCCGGAUGGCCAUGGACGUGAUUGAGUCGAAGACAUGCUUGAGAUUUGUCGACAAGAAUGGUGGGAACGCGACGCAGCUGCUGAAAGACGUCGGGCACUCAGAGUAUGUGCAUAUAGGUCGUGAGCGGAACAGAGGCUGUAACGCCAUGAUAGGAUACCACCGGGAAAUGGGUGGCCCGCACACCAUGAACUUAGAGGCACCGUCAUGUAUCUCUUACCAAGGCACGGUGCAACACGAACUCCUGCACGUGGCAGGGCUGCUUCACGAACAGGCCCGUGCCGACCGUGACAAUGCGGUGAUCAUUUAUUGGGAAAACAUUGACAAGGCAUAUUGGCCAGACUUUAACAAAGUGCCAGAUAAUCUUACAACUACUUUUGGACUACCUUAUGAUUAUACUAGUGUAAUGCAUUACCCUCGUUAUGCUUUUUCAAAAAAUGGUAAAGAAACCAUUGUAGCUAAGCAUGAACCAAGUAUGAGUUUGGGACAGAGAGCCGGAGCUACAGUCAAUGACUUGCGAAAAGUCAACGCGAUGUACAAUUGUGAUGGUGCCGCUGCAACACCCUAUACUAAUGCAGGUGACUACCGAGGCGGCGCAUAUCGUAUUUUUUAGUUCAAAAAUAUAUUAUAAUUAUUGGCACGAAUGUAUUAUGGCUUAUUUUUUU